AUGCAUGACAUUCGUAUAGGAGGCAGGUAUCAAAUCGGCAAAAAAAUCGGCAGUGGCUCAUUCGGCGAAAUUUUCAUAGGAACUGAUAUCCAGACAAAUAGCGAAGUCGCCAUCAAGCUUGAAAACAUGAAUACUCGGCACCCUCAAUUAAUUUACGAAAGCAAGCUUAUAAAGCUAUUACAAGGAGGCCCAGGUCUCCCAGGGGUUUUAUGAUAUGGAGCAGAAGCAAACUACAACGUCAUGGUGAUGGACCUUCUAGGGCCAAGUUUAGAAGAUCUUUUCAGCCUCUGCAACCGCAGAUUUAGCUUGAAAACUGUGCUUAUGCUAGCAGAUCAGCUUAUUUGUCGAGUAGAAUACGUCCAUUCAAAAAGCUUUAUACACAGAGAUAUAAAGCCCGAUAAUUUUUUAAUUGGACUUGGCAAGAGAAAUAGUAUUGUCCAUAUCAUUGAUUUUGGGCUGGCAAAAAAAUACCGAGACUUUAAGACACAAAAACAUAUCCCAUAUGUGGAAGGAAAAAGUUUGACUGGGACUGCAAGAUAUGCGUCUAUUAAUGCACAUGUAGGAAUUGAACAAAGCAGAAGAGAUGAUUUGGAGGCUAUUGGAUAUGUAAUUAUGUAUUUUUUGAGAGGGGCAUUGCCGUGGCAAGGGAUUUCGGCAAGAGGAAAAGAAGAAAAAUACCAGAAAAUAAAAGAAAGUAAAAUGAGCACGUCAAUAGAAGUGCUAUGUGAAGGGUUUCCUAGAGAAUUUUCUAUUUAUAUAAGUUAUUGCAGAAACUUGAAAUUUGAAGAAGCACCUGACUAUGCUUACCUACGAAGGCUAUUCAGAGACCUAUUUUUACAAGAAGGCUUCGAAUACGACUAUUUUUUCGAUUGAAAUGCUCAUAAUUUGCAUUCAAAAGUCCCUAAAAGACCACAAGUAGAAGAAACAAAACACAACCCAAUUAAUAAUCGGGCCCAAACAUUUGGAAAAACAGAUUUAGAGAAAGCCGAGCCUAAGCCAAUUGAAAGGUCGAAAACUGCAGAAAAUAAAGUGCAGGAAAAAAAGAAAUCUAAAUGUGAAAUAUUUUAA